UUUGACAUUUCAGAGAGUGAAGUUUACCAUGGGGCUGCCGCCGUUAAGACGUGCCCUUCAGGAGCAGGUCGAGAGAACGAAGGAUUAUGUCAGUGGAAGUCUUGUCCUAGGAGAAGUCAUCUCCGUGGCUGACGUGGCCACAGGAGUGAAGUGUGGAAUAAUUUAUUGGCUAUUUGGUGGUGCCAUCAGGAACCUUGGAAGUCCAGAACAUGUGACUAAAUGGCUUCAGCCGCUCCAGGAGCAGAAAUACACCGGGAUGUUUGCCAUGACCGAGAGGGGCCAUGGGAGCAACGUGAAAGGGAUCCAAACUGAAGCCACCUUUGACCUCUCUACACAGGAGUUUAUCAUUGACACACCGGGGGAGGAUGCUGAGAAGAUGUACAUCGGCAAUGCGCUGCAGGGGGACUACGCCGCCGUCUUCGCCCAGCUCAUUGUGGAUGGAAGGUCUCAAGGGCCCCACUGUUUCAUCGUGCCUGUCCGGGAUGAAAAUGGGAGCCUGUACCCAGGAGUGACCGCUAUUGACAUGAUGCACAAGGAAGGUCUGCAUGGCGUGGAUAAUGGGAUUUUAAUAUUUGACAAGGUCCGGGUCCCGAGGGAGAACCUGCUGGAUAAGUUUGGUUCCGUGGCUGCAGACGGGCAGUACCAUUCGCCUAUUAAGGACAAGAGUAAGAGAUUCAAUGUGAUGCUGGCGGCGCUGACCCCUUCCAGACUAGCUGUGACAUUCCAAGCCCUGGGCUCCAUGAAGCUUGGGUUGACGAUAGCCAUUCGGUAUAGCCACAGCCGAAGGCAGUUUGGGCCAGCCAAGGGUGAAGUCAAGAUCAUUGAGCACCAAACGCAGACCCUACGGCUGAUGCCUCACCUGGCCACGACCUUGGCUCUGACCUUCGUUAGCAGGUAUGCUGGGGCCCUCCUGGGUGAGGACAUCUUUCAGGGGAAGGAGCUCGUCAACAGUCGCUCCCUGCAAGCGUUGGUGGCCUGUCUGAAGGCCUACAGCACCUGGGAGAACCUCAGCUGUUUGCAGGACUGCCGAGAGUGCACCGGAGGCAUGGGUUACAUGAUGGAAAAUCGAAUCUCAGCCUUAAAGGGUGACACAGAUGUGUUUGUAACAUUUGAAGGUGACAACGUUGUUAUGCUGCAGGUUGUGGCUCGGGAACUGCUGGCUGAGUACUCCAAACAGUUUGAAGAAAGACGGCUGGCUGGCCUGCUCCAGAACUGGACUGCGGCCCUGGGGGACAAGCUGAGAACCAGUUUUCUGGCAGUUAACGUGGACACAGUCGGCCAACUCGCCUUUCUGUUGAAAGCAGUGAAUUUUCGUGCAAGGGUUCUUCAACGGAGUUUGGUGGCCAGAAUUUAUAAUAAGGUGGUGACCAAGAAGGAGGACUUUUUCAGUGCCUGGAACUCAUGCCUUCACCAUGUGGCUUCGCUGUCCCUGGCGCACAUUCACAAAGUUGCACUAGAGCAGUUCUCCCUGGCAGUGAAAAGUUGCCCGGAUCGAGAGGACCAGGCUUUGUUAAUGAAGUUCUCUGUGUUAUAUGGAACCAAGCUGGUGUUUCAGGAGCGAGCCUGGUAUUUAGAACACAAAUACUUGACCCCCAAGGCCAGCAUGCAGAUCAGGAGUCAGACUUCUUUUGCUUCCCCAAAUCGAAGAUCUUGCAAAGACUUGAUUUGAGUCCCUCAGGAAUGC